GAAGACGGUCGGCAAACAGGACGCAGCUGAAAUGAUCCAUGUUCAAAACUUCCAAGACCGAAAAGGGGAAUUCUACUCAUGUAUUUUAUUUGCGUUUCGAGUAUUUAUCAUGUGAAUUUUGAGGUCCGCGGGAUAAAGAGCAGUUACGGGCUGUCCAUCAGCUGCUCUCCAUCACCUCCUCCCGACUUCCCCGAGCGCUCCGGCUUCCCGUCAGAGGUGCAGAUAAGAAGCCGCCGAUGAGCCGGCGUUCUUGGUGAGUAGCGGCGAUGGCUGCCCACCGAAUCAUCCGAGGGAACAACAACCACCUCCUCCCUCGCUGCAGGUCUGAGGGGACGCUGGUCGACCUGAGCGAAGGAGUCGCCGGCGCCAGUCUCAGCGAUGUCAAAGUGCCUUCUCCCAGUGCCUUAAAGCUGGACACCCAGGCGUCCUACGGAGCGGCGCAGGAGGUGGUGGCCAUCAAGGACUACUGCCCCAGCAGCUUCACCACGCUCCGGUUCUCCAAGGGAGACCGUCUGUACGUGCUGGACACGUCGGGCGGGGAGUGGUGGUACGCCCACAACAACACGGAGAUGGGCUACAUCCGCGCCUACGUGCAGCCCCUCAACUUCAGGAACUCUUCGCUGAGCGACAGCGGGAUGAUCGACAGCAUUGGCGAGGGCUACGAGGACGGGUCCAGGGAGUUUGGAGGUCUGGGCGAGUGGACGGGGAUGAGCCUGAAGCCGUCCACGUUUUACAACAACCCCUUCAGCUGUCAGCUGGAUCAGAACUACCAAGAUGUGAGCGCCAGGACCUCCACGGAUCUCAUCCACCUGGACGCUCUGGCCUCCCCGUCGUCGGACACGAGUGCCGUCAUGGUCAACGGCUCCAGCAGCUGCCAACCUCACCGACCCCUCCAGCACCCAACCGAGAAGUCGCCGAUCUUUCAGAGAGAUCAUCCCUUUUCUAAGAGUAAACGUUCCCAUAGUUUGUCCGAACUGUCCGUCCUGCAGGCGCAAUCAAACCCUGUCUCCCCCCCGUCUGGGUUCUUCACGGGCCUCAAGGCCCCCUCGCCGGAGCAGUUCCAGAGCAGGGAGGACUUCAGGACGGCCUGGCUGAACCACAGGAAGCUGGCCCGGUCCUGCCACGACCUCCACUCCCUGGGCCAGAGUCCCGGCUGGGGCCAGACGCAGCCGGUGGAGACCAACAUCGUCUGCAGGCUGGACAGUAACGGGGGGGUGGUGCAGCUCCCAGACACCCACAUCAGCGUCCGUCCCGAGGGCCACGUGGGCCCGGGAGACCACCAGCAGGUGUCCAUGAAAGCCCUGCUGGACCCCCCCCUGGAGCUCAACGGAGACCGCUGCUCCACCGUCAGCCCCGUGGUGGAGAUCAAGCUCAGCAACAUGGAGACCAAGUCCUUCGUCACGCUGGAGAUGAAGGUGGCGGUGGCGGUGAGGGCGGACAGCUACCACACCGCCCAGGUGCUCUGCGUCCGCAGCGACUGCAAGGAAGGGCCGUACACUCCCAUCCCCAGCGCGUACCUGUACAAGGACACGGUGCAGGUGCAGCUGGACAGCCUGGAGCCGUGCAUGUACAUCGCCGUGGUGGUGCAGGCGCAGCACGCCGGCCCCCACACCAGCGUCUGGGAGCACGUGCACAGGAAGGUGACUCUGGGCGUGUACGGCCCCAAGCACAUCCACCCCUCCUUCAAGGCCGUCGUAGCCAUGUUUGGGCACGACUGCACGCCCAAAACCCUGCUGGUGGCCGAGGCGGCCCCCCCGGUGGCCGAGCCGGCCCCCCCGCCGGUGGCCCUCCACCUGUGGGGGAAGCACCAGUUUGCGUUGGUCCCCCAGGACCUGCAGGUGGGGCUGUACUCCAACAUGUCCCACUAGGUGAAGGCCGGCGAGGGCGCCGGGCUGAUCCAGGGCUUCCAGGUGAAGCUGGGGAAAGUCAAGCUGCUGUUCGUCAUCACGUCACACAACACCAGCAACAUGGCAGAUUUCACCCUCAGGGUGCAGGUGAAGGACGCGCUGGGCUGCAUCCUCACCCAGUUCUGCGUCCAGACCCCACAACCGCCGCCCAAGACCUGCGCCAGGAUCACCGGCCAGAGGAGGUUUCUCAAGAAGAGGGAGGUGGAUAAAAUUGUUCUGUCGCCGCUGGCUAUUACCUCAAAAUACCCCAAGUUCCAGGACCGGGGUAUUACCAACCUCAAAUUUGGCAAACUGAUAAAGACGGUGAUCCGGCAGAACAAGAACACCUACCUGCUGGAGUACAAGAAGGGGGACGUGAUCGCUCUGCUCAGCGAGGAGAAGAUCAAGCUACGGGGACAACUGCGCACCAAAGAGUGGUACAUCGGAUUCUACCAGGGGAAGAUGGGGCUGGUUCACGCCAAGAAUGUUCUGGUUCUGGGGAAGGUCAAGCCCAUCUACUGGUGCGGGCCGGACCUGACCACCACCAUGCUGCUGGAUCAGAUCCUCAAGCCUUGCAAGUUUUUCACCUACAUCUACGCAACGGUGAGGACGGUGUUGAUGGAGAACGUGGGCAACUGGAGGGCGUUUGCCGACGCCCUCGGAUGGAAUUUGCCAUUGAAUUAUUUCUGCCGGGCCGAGCUGGACAACGAACCGGAGAAGGUUGCGUCGGUCCUGGAGAAGCUGAAAGAGGAGUGCAUCAACAUGGAGAACAAGGACAGGAAGUCCUUCCAGCGCGAACUCAUGAUGGCCCUGCUGAAGAUGGACUGCCAGGGGCUGGUUGCCAGGCUGAUCCUGGACCUGGUCCUGCUGACCACGGCGGUGGAGGUGGCCGCCAGGUGGAGGGAGCUGGCCGAAAAGCUGGCCCGGGUGUCCCGGCAGCAGAUGGAGGCUUACGAAGCACCGCACCGCGACAGGAACGGCGCUCUGGACAACGAGUCCAUGUGGAAACCCGCCUACGACUUCCUGCUGACGUGGGCCGCCCACGUCGGCGACAGCUACCGGGACGUGAUCCAGGAGCUCCACCUGGGCCUGGACAAGAUGAGGAACCCCAUCACCAAGAAAUGGAGGCACUUGACCGGAGCGCUGAUCCUCGUCAACUGCCUGGAUGCGCUCCGAAGCUCCGCCUUCUGCCCCACGGGAUACGGAGACUUUGCCGUCUGAGCGUUUCCCCGGGAGGAUCCUGAACCCCCCAGCUAAUGGCGGAUGCUGCUGGACCUCAGGCGGGAGGCCAGUCCCUGCAGGCUGGUUAACGUUCAUUGACAGGAGUUGACGAGGGUUCGAUCCCUCAGAUCUGCAAAACCGUCGGUCGGAGUCUGAGGUACAAACACUGCGACAAUGUGAAACCAGACUCUUUGUUUUUACCCACGAUUCUCUCCUCCUCUCUGAACUCUGCUUUGCUGCGUUUGCUCUGUUUUCCGUGUUCAGCAGCGUCUCUUUGUUUUUGCUUCACAUUUGUCUUGCGGUGACAGCUGUUCGCUGUUUUCACCCUCGGGACAAAUCAGGGACCUCGGUCGCUGCAGGAAAAGCUCACGAGUGUGCAUGUGAAGACUGAUCUAAGUGGACUGUGACCCAGAACUUUUCUGAUGGCCAACGUUUCCUUUUUUUCUCUGAUAAGUGAAAGACUGGCUAGUUUGAAAAGUAAAUCUCAAACGUAGUUUCACUGUGAUGAUUCACAAGUGAUUAGUUUGCCAAAAACCGCCAGGUCGAUGUUAACGUCGCGUUUGGCCAUCCAUGCAGUAAAGGUUUGAUAAAUCUGUUAUUUUUGUACGACAACUAAUGUAUAAGUGUUAGAGGGAGAGAGUUUCAGCUCAUCUGUUACGAUCAGGGAUCUUUAUCGUAACCGCUACGCCGGUCAUUAAUGAACAAAGGUGUGAUUUCAAAUAUUAAUGUUUGAUCCAGCACGUUAGAAUGUGAAGAAGUGCAUCUUUAACCUGAUCUUUAACACUGUCUGUUGUUCAACACAGUCAAGUACUUUGAAUCCCUAGAUGAAGUUGGGUGUAAUGAACCCCGGGUCCAACGGGAGCAGAACCACCACGAUGCUCCGUCUCCAACGUGACCUCAGAUCCCACCAGGAGCGUUUCAGAAUCUCCUCCGCUAGAUUUGUGAGAUUAGAAGGUUACGUUAAAGGUUGUCUGCCCGUUAGAGACGUAUAUCUGGCUUCGUCUCAUCCUUCCUGGAGUUGGUUGCAAAAAGCACAAGUAAUCUAAAAUAAAAUGUGCUUUUCAACUUGUAGAAUUAAGUUCUCCUCAUACGGUAUUAAAAACAUUUUCUACAACCUGUUUCAGUGGACAUGUCAUUAAGCCCCGCCCCCCUUAGUUACUGUUGCUACCUGACAGUAUCUGCGUCGUUUACAGUUUUACAAUGGCAACAAGGAAAAACUUGGACACAAACCUUUCGUCGAGGAGUAUUCAGACCCUUGUAAGACCCGCCCCCCGGUGAGCCAAUAGCAUCAUCAUAUCUUCUGCUAGCUAUUUAAAAAAAAAAGUAAAAUAGAAGCUUUUUUUUUGUCGUAAACUCCUUAAAAUAGACAAAAGUUUGGGAUCUUCCAAAGAAACUAGAGAUGUCCGAUUUCCAGUCCCUGUGGAACUGAUACUCAACAGCCAUUGGCUCAUCUGUGUUUGAGGGGCGGGGCUUACAAUAGAUGAGUGUUUACCAGAGGCUCCACGGGUUAGUGUAUUUAUUAAAAACAGUUUAUAGGUGAACUGGAGAAUUUGAAUAUACAAGAUAUUAGCCAAAGGCUAAUUUUCCUCUUAGUCCUUUAGACCGGUUAAGACCGGUUGAUGAUCACUAAUAAAAAAUAAUCAAUUAGUUAAAACAAAACAGAAUAAAGCAAUGACAUAUGAGUUACAGUUUACACAGAUUUUUGAUGGCCGUUCUGAUUUUCCAGAGACUAUAAUUUUAAAUGUUGCUAAAAAAAUGAGCAAAAAAAAGAAUCGUUCUAUCACUUGAGAUUCACGUUUAGAGGCUCGAAGCGAGAGUACAGCUUUUCCUUUCAAGCCGACGCCCUACCUGUCAUAUCGAAGGUCACGUGUGAUACAAAAAUCUAAUUAAGAUAUAUCUUUGUGAUGUAGUGCUGAUGUACAAGUGGGAGCUCCCAUGUGGUGUUUUAUUUAGAAAAUCCACGGGGUCCUCUGCCGUCGUCGCGUCUGGCGUCCUACCGUCUGGAUCACCGCGUGUAAACUGGAGUACACGCUGCAGCGGAGUCAGGUCGCUCCUGGGAGGUUUCUAAAGGUUCUGAGGUUUCUGGUGGGAUCUCCGUCACCGACGAGGCAGUGGGACCUGGAGCUCACCGACCCGUGGAAAAGAAACUGGAUGGAUGGAUGGAUGGAUGGAUGGAUGGAUGGAUGGAUGGAUGGAUGGAUGGAUGGAUGGAUGGAUGGAUGGAUGGAUGGAUGGAUGGAUGGAUGGAGGAUGGAUGGAUGGAUGGAUGGAUGGAUGGAUGGAUGGAUGGAUGGAUGGAUGGAUGGAUGGAU